CCAUUAAAACUAACAAUUUUUAAUCCGUGUACAUUAAAUUGCCAGACACAAAGUCAGGCCAUCGAUUAUGUUUUAAGUACACAAGAAUAUUGAAAACAAGAAAAAAAAACACAGAAAUAACUGCACAAUUUCUCUUUGUAUAAAAGCGACGAGCAAUUUCAUCGAAAUUAGUUGCAAACAAAACAGUGUAAAGCAAACAUUAAAAAAUGAAACAAUCUAGCGGUAAAUUAGUGCUGUUACUCGUAUUUGUGGCGCUGUCGGGCGUUAGCCAAGCCACACCACUGAGCGUGGAUAAUGACUUCUCCUUCGGCUGGCCGGGUAGUCUGAGCGACAACACCGAUUACUACGUGAGCAGCGAGAAGGUUUCCUGGUUUGAGGCCAACUACUAUUGCUACUCGCAAGGCUGGGAACUGGUGGCGCUUGAAAAUGUUGACUUAUUAACACUUUUCAAAGGCUUUCGUGAAUUGUAUGAUGUGAAAGACACCUCUUACUGGUCCGCUGGCAACCAACUUUAUGGCAGCAACUGGGUGUGGGGACUUGGUGGCGAAACAAUCACCACAUCCAACUGGGAUACUAACGAACCCAAUGGCAAUAACAGCGAGAACUGCUUGUUGAUUGGAAAAACUGUGCAAUCUUUGUGGUCCGAUGCCGAUUGUGCCGCUAAAUAUAAGUUUAUCUGCCAGAAAAAAGCAAUGAAGUUAGCCGAAGCAGCAAAGAAAUGCGAACAUAACCUUUUCUAAGCUUUCUAGGCGUUUAAUAGUGAAAGCUUAUUAAAUAUAAUAAGUUAUAUAGAAAGGUGACGGAAUGUACAAAUACGCAGUUUUAACUUUAAAAUAUAUAUAUAACUGAAUUAACUAGACAUUUACAAUAUAAAAAAUUAAUAAUAAUAGAAAUUGCUGAAAUCCAAAAUAC